CAAUAGAAAUGGAGCAAUCGAGCAUGGAGAAGAAGAAGCUCAAGAGCAUCAACCAUCUCCUUCCUCCGGAGCUGAUACAAGCAAUCUUACUGAGGGUUCCCAUCAAACAUCUUGUGUGCGUCAGGUGCGUUUCCAAGCUAUGGAACACUCUCAUUCCGAUCCCAAUUUCGCAAAAUCCCAUCUUGACCUCUCUCUCGCACCCUCUCAUACAUGCCUCUUCUUCCAAGACAAUUCUGACGCUUACUCCAUUGACCUCGACGCACUGCUUCAAGAUGAUAAUGAUGGCGUUGAUUCAGAGGAUUCCUUUCAUGAAAAAUCCACCUUCUGAUUUCCAUUUUCUUGGUUCCUGCAGAGGGUUCGUACUCUUACACAGCGAACCACAGUUUCUUAUCCUAUGGAACCCACUCACUGAUUCCAGCAAAAGAAUCUCAUACUCUCAUAUGGUUAAUGCCACAACAAGCAAUAGAGAUUAUGAUUGUCUUGUUAAGGUCUUCUGCUUUCUCCAUGAUGCGCUUCUAUGUGGCUUUGAGUAUGAUGCGUCACAAGAUGAUUAUGUAGUAGUUGUAGCAUAUAAGGGUAAACAUGGCGAAAAUCAUUGUGAUCUGUGUUGUUUGAGAAGCAAUUCAUGGAUUAAUCUUGAUCCUGCACUUCCCAAAUCAUUGUACUGGGAUUACUGGAAACCUAGGGGUUGUUCUGUAACGGGGCUAUUCAUUGGUCUACUUAUGAGUACUGUAUUGACAUUCUUAUCUUUGAUCCGAAGGAAAGAAGUUUCUCCAAGAUAUCUGUGCCAAUAGAAACAAAAGACCUAUAUAACCCCCAUCUUGUCCUGCUAGGAGCGUGCCUAACCUUGUAUUUUUAUGAAGAGAUUACAACUGAGAUAUAGGUGAUGAAAGAAUAUAAAGUGCAGUCGUCUUGGACCCUCUAUGAGAUUUCCCUUGGAUUCUUUAAGCCUCUGUGCUUAUCUGCUAACGGGGAUAUUAUUGGAAGAUGUUAUCCUUCAGAUGGUGAAAUAGAGUUCUAUAUAUAUAAUGCCAGAGGAGAGCUGCUCAAACAUGUUAUUGUUCAAUAUCUUUUUGGUGAGCCUUCCAACCACAUAAGGUCCGUUGUGCAUGUGGACUGUCUCAUGGCUGUCCCUAGCAACAUCAAGCAGAAGAAGAGAAAAAAAGGCUGUCAGAAUCACAAAGUGGUCAAACAAGGGAAGUGAAUUAGGAGCUAACGUGGGAACAACUUGGACACUUGAUUCUGUUGUAAAUGAAGUGUAGGAUUUGCAAGUUGAGCUGGAAAGAAGCUUCUUAAAACUCUUGUUCUAUUUUUCUUUUGCUUUAAAGUAUGAUUUCCUUCCAACUAUGUUUGGGGAAAACUCAACAUUUGAAAAUGCAACUGAGUUUCCUCUUGUUAAAUUCAAUAUGUCUUUUAAUUAUGUGUAAUAGUAAAUUAAUAUUUCUU